AUGCAGACUGCUUCUACAAAUAUUUGUGAAAGAAUGGGUCGCUCUCAGGAACUCAAUAAAAUCAAGUGUUGUACCAUGGUAGGUUGUCACCUGUGCAAUAAGUCCAUCCAUGACAUUUCCUUGUUACUAAAUAUUCCACGGUCAACUGUUAGUGAUAUUAAACCAAAGUGGAAGCAACUGAAGUGGUAGGCCACGUAAAAUGACAGAGCGGGGUCAGCACAUGCUGAAGCGCACAGUGCGCAGACAUCACCAACUGUCUGCAGAGCAGAGAAAUUAUUAAGCAUGCUCCAACACAGUGUUUCUCAACCUUUUCUUCAGUCAAGGCACCCUUUAAAAUUAUGGACAAUUUCAAG